UCAUAUCAGGGAUGCUGAAAGCGUGCGCGGCGUCGCACUGCAGGGCCGCUGAUAAGUGUACUCCGCAGCUCGUGGCUUCGUGGGCAAUAAUUCGACGGACCGACAGCAGAACGCGAGGCUGGCAGAAGUGUCUAGGACGUAAUACGAUGCUGGGUUGACGUGGUCAUGCGGUCGUAUCUGCUCAAAGGGAGGGGCAGCCUACAUCCUAGCUGCAUGUAGGCAAUAGGAGCGGCCUGUAGUUCUGAACCGUCUCCAGCUCCAUGUUCGCGGGAGCCGUUGACCGUGAAGUUGGAGUCAUGGUACGACCCUUUGUACCACUAAUCUCUAUCACCUUGCGUCCUCCCAUAGUGCUGGGCCGCCGAGGCUUCCAUAUGGCGUGCCAAUCUAGAACUGCGGAAAUUUCUGAUCUGUGGGUCCCUCACAACAGAGCCGGCAGAGGUCUCUGAGACUAUGCGAAUUUGUCUCACUGCCGUAUGCCUGGAUUUCGUUCAGGGCGUAGGUGCAGAUUCACAAGGCGUCAUGUCGAAACGUACAGCUCGGAUGAUGGAAGAGGGAUCUUCCUCACGUCACAACAUAUCGGGAGGAUCACAACGGUCCAGCCCUGAGUCCACUCGUUCCUUGCGCUCCGAAGACCUCAGUGUCGUCAACGAGAAUGGACGAGCGUAUCCGAAUGACACAUUCUUCAUGCCAUGCGAUUCACAAGAACAGACCCGUCUGUCCAUCCUCCACCGAGUGUUUUUGAACGCUCUUGGGGGUCAAUUGACGACUGCCCCUUUACCCUCGACAAUCGAGCGUAUACUGGACGUUGGAUCCGGAUCCGGAGACUGGGCCGUGGCAAUAGCUCUCGAAUACCCUGGAGCCGAGGUUGUCGCAGUUGAUCUCGCCGUCUGGGACGUGGAAGCUGCAGAGGAAGAUGCUAAGCAGAGGCUUGAUGAGCAAGGGAUGCAUGAUGUCGAGCUGCCUGAAGUGACAUGGGAGAUUGCCGAUCUUGACAUGUGGGGCCCAGUGGAACAUGUCGAAGUAACCGUCGAAGAAGGCAUUGAAGAUGAACAUGUCGCCAAGUCUGUCACAGGCCUUAAUACGCAGGAAGGUGGCAAGGGCAGAGCGAAUUCUGUGCAGUCGAACAGGAGCAGCCGGAGGGAAAGCUGGCGUAGAAGCUAUAAUCCCCCUUCUCGGAGAGGUUCCGUGAACCUAGGCUGGAACUUUAGCGAGCCAUUCGACUUCAUACAUAUCCGUGGUAUGAAAGGUGCCUUCGCAUAUUGGACAGGAGUCUACAGAGAAUGUUAUGCAAACCUCGUCCCGGGCGGCUGGCUCGAGGUCGUCGAUUUCCAAUACCACAUAGCGCAGCCAGACUCCGUGAUGCGUGAAGUCUUCAUCAACUUCCAUGCUGUAGCAUCAAAGUCGGGUUAUCCGGUUACAACAACACAUCUCCAGCGAGAGUUCUUCGAGGCAGCGGGCUUCGAGGAAUAUGAAAUGAUCGCCAUUGACAUUCCACUGGGAGCUUGGCCAGGCGAUGACGAGAAUCACACUCUCGGUAAGAUGCACCUGGUCAGCUUGGUGGAAAGCAUCGAGGCAACGGCGCUGAGAAGUAUGACAAAACAUGCUGGCUUCACCAAGGAGGAAGUGCAGGAGCGUUGUGGGGACGUUGUGCAGGAGUUAUUGACCGGUGUCCAUGAUCAGCUGGAGACAAGUUUUCGAUUUGUGAGAGCCAGGAAGCCGUUGAACGAUGAUAAGUGAUCGAUUGUCUGCAAAAUGCGUGUUUCUCGGAGCUCAACCUGGAUCUGAAUUUUGACCUUUGUUGGUAUUAAAUCGAUCGGUGACCUGACUGGACUUGGAGGCAAGGCUGUGUUAGUAUUCGUGUAUGUUAACAUUGCAUAGAUACCCCGAAUGAGCGAACACGUAUGAUGACGGAAAGCAGAAAUCAAUAUAGAAAAUGAGUCGUCUCGGAGCUGAAGAAGUGUGAAUGCGCAAAGAACGCGCUGCCACGUGACCACCUGAUAUAAUGCGACGUCUUUGUCCUUU